AUGGGAAACGUUUUGUCGGCACCGAUACCUAAUCAAAUAUUAACCGUAGAAGCAUGUAUUUCGGAUAUUAGUGAUGUGGAAUAUGUGGGAAGCCUGGGAAGUACUCGAUUUAUGAAAGUAGCUCGAGUGGAUCAUGUGGAAGGUCCUUCAGUUCUCAAAGUUUUUAUUCUUCAAGAUCCAUCAUUUUCGAUUGAUCUCUACCGUGACCAAGUUAUUCAAAUCCGUGAUCUCCUAUGCAAUGCCUACAAUUGCUGUCCUUUCAGACGAGUAUAUGUUACAUCACGCUGUGUUAUUCUGUCUCGGCCAUUCCAGAAGUACACUCUUUAUGACCGUAUAACCACACAUCCUUAUCUUACGGAUAUUGAGAAAAGAUGGAUUACUUUUCAUCUGUUCAAGGCACUUGCUCAGUGUGAAUAUGCCGAAGUAUGCCAUGGGGAUAUAAAAACUCAAAAUAUCCUUGUUUCGAGUUACAAUUGGGUACAAAUAACCGAUUUCGCAUCAUUCAAACCUGCUACUAUUCCAUCGGAUGAUCCAUCAUAUUUCACAUUUUUCUUCGAUACGAGUCGAAGGUUAACUUGCUGUCUGGCACCAGAAAGAUUCUGCACCAGUCAAGAACUAAAUUUGCUUCCGAAUCUUCCGGGUGAAUUUAUGGAUGUCUCCAAAGGCCUCACACAUGCUAUGGAUAUCUUUUCUCUUGGUUGUGUUCUUGUUGAGCUGUUUACGGAAGGCCAAUGUCCAUUUACUUAUGAAUUACUGGUUAAAUAUAAGCAUGCGUCUGACAUAGAGGCACAAGCAACGAUUCAAAAAAUUCAAGAACAGUUACCUGAAGAAUUACGCAGUAUGAUCGGUCUGAUGCUUCAUCGAAACCCAGCAAAAAGGCCGAAGGCGUCAGUUCGAGAUUAUUCCCCACUUUUAUUUCCACCAAUAUUCGAUCAAUUCCUUUAUGGUUAUAUAAAUACUUUUCGACCAAAAUAUGUACAAACAAGCGCAUCGCUUGAAGAAGCGCAAACUUCAGAAUUAAUAGAGCCGGAUGAUGCGAUUACAAAAUUAUCGUUCGAUAUGCAGGCAACUGUGGGUAAAUUAUCAGAGAAGGCUGAAAUUAAUGGAAAACCAUUCGAUCAAUUACGUGGCCUUUUACUUAUCAUUGCAUUGAUCACUUCAAAUAUGCGUUCAUUAAAAUCAUUGACUAUAAAAUUUGAAGCUAUGAAAUUAUUGCAUAGGUACGUGCCGUGGGUUGAUAUAUCGGUUGUUGCAAAUCGUAUAUUGCCGUAUUUG